AUGGGGCGCAAGCUGGGCGAGGCUGCCAGCAGCAGAGGAGAAGAUGCGAGCACAUUCUCUAGAACGUUCUUGUGGAGGGAGACUGCUCGGGUGCUGCAGGGCCUUGUGCAUUCUGCAGCUGGAGGCACCUGGCAGCCCACACCCAGAGGCUUUGUGUGCCUGCAUGAUGAGACAGGUCCGACUCGGUGCGGGCGCCAUGUGGCGGUGUUGCUGUCGGCUGACUCAGCGGUGCUGGGCAUCUGGGACGAUGGUGUGCUGCUGAGGCACAAGGUCAUCACCGGCUACACUGUGCGACGCAAGGCCGGCAAGGCCCAGCUCACCUACCUGCGAAGGGGAGGGAAUGGCGGGACGGUGGGCGGCGGAAUUAGGCUUCGCGAGACGCAGCGGCUGUUCCAUGCAGCUGCCAGCAAACUGUGCGAGUGGUCGGCUGACAUUGCAACCUGCGAGCAGGCGCAUGCAACGGGGACGGUGCGUGUGUGGAAUGAGCUGUACUCAGCCAAGACGGCGCUCAGUUCUGUGCUGCCGCGGGACGACGCCCGGUGGCGGCGCGUGGGGUUGAGUGUGAGCAAGCCACGCAUGGCAGACCUGAAGCACGUCUGGCGAAGCAUCAGCACUGGUUCUGUUGUUGUCUAUGAUGGCAGCAGCCUGGAGUGGAUGGCGUGCGCUGCGCUGAGCUAAGGGCUCAAGGGUCAUAUGCCUAGUGCUUGAUGCAAUCUCCUUGAACCCCAGCUCAACGCCCAUGUCUGCUCACUACCUAAAAAAUGGCAUCGGCCUGGGUUGCUAAGCACGAUGUGGACACAGCCUGCUUUCUAUUCCCUCCUUGGUGGUCUCAUAGCGAAGCGAAGCAGCACUGGUAUGUGUACAUGGUCUAGGCUUUACUUCAGCAGACUGCCCAUUAAUUUUGCCAAAUGAACAUAGACUCUUC